AUGGAUAAACAAUGCUGGCUGCCAGCUCAACAAAAUACAAAGUACGAGAAGCAYAGUUUCAAUAUUCUGCGCUUUGCUAAUCGAGUCGAACAAUUUUCACAAACCUUCGAAAAUCUUGGUGGGGCAAUGGGAGCGCUGUUCAGCUCGUUUAUACGAAAAAGACAGCAGCGUAAAGCGAGUAGGAAUUUGAUAAAGGAGAAUUUGAAGCAGUUACGAGAGUAUGGCUUAGCACUUGAUAGAGAGCUUGAGUUCGCAAAUGGGCAUAUCCAAGAGCUACUUAACCAAGAUUUCCCUGGUUCUUCAAUAUCGCUGAGUUCCCUAUCAGACCAUCUUGACAGCCUCUCCCUCUGUUCUAUGCAAGAUGUUCUUGAAGGUGGUGUAAGAAUGGCGUGCUCGUCAAAAGACAAAGAAAACAAUAGUGCUGUUGGUGAAUACUUAAUCUUGGCCGAGGAGAGAUGUCAGGUUCUGGAUGAAAAUAUAAGACUCCUCGAUGACCGUAGAGAAGAGAUCAACCGAAACAUCCAAGAAAGCUGCGCAAGACUAAAACACAUUCAUACGAAAGCAGAAUCUUUUCGCUUUCGUCACUUCGUAUCAAAGCACCCCAUUGAUUCCUGGAGCGUAGUGUCAACGCCCUUUUAAGUCUAAGGUGUAACUCAACAUGAUGUAGGAAUUUUCGUGUUU